AUGAUCCUCAUACAGAUAUCGAAAUUUCAUUUAUCAUACAACAAAUAGAUAUAUAAAUAUUAGAAAAGUUUCAAAUCUAUUAAGAUAAAGGUCUUAUUGACGAAAUAAAAUUUUCAACUAUUGAUAAUUAAUAUAGUUAUUGUGGUGCUAAUGACAAUGAUGGUUAAAUAUUUUUUACUAAAAAAUUUUUUCAAUUACAUUAUAUCUCAUUUAAAUCAAACCUAAAAAGCAGGAUAUAGUAAUAAUUUCAUUAAAUUUAGGUGUUUUUGGAAUCUACAAUUUUAAACUCAAAAUAAAAAAUAAAUUAGAAUCCAUAGAUUUAUUUUAUGAUAAAUCUUUGGAUUCUAAUUCAGCUUUAAAUAAAAGGAAUCAGUUGUUGAUAACUUAAUUCUUUAAUGCCCUUAAAUCAUUUUUUGUGAUAGCUCUGUUACAUUAUUAAGUAAACUAAAGCCAGAAAUAUUUCAAUAUUAUUUAUAAAUCAGAAGAUUUAUCUAAUAUUUAGUUAUUUAUAUCUAAAUAAGACUUCAUUUUGUUGUUUAUUUAUUCACAAUCAGUUUUAAUAGUAAGUGAUACCAAUUAGGAUAUUUUGUUGUUAAAGGAGAUAUAGUUAAAGUUAAAAUCUUAAAAUGAUUUUAGAUGCAUUUUCCCUAAACUUUAUUUAUAACAGAAUAAAAAUGAGAAUAAAUCUGUCCUCUAUUAUAUUAUAUCAUAUUUGAUAAUGAUUUAGAUUAUGCCUUCUUAAUUUGAGCACGAAUUUAUCAGAUCUCAGUGCUUUAUGGGGGAUUGCAGACUGCAAAUUAUUUCAAGGAGAAAGUAACAAUUAUUUAAUCGUUAAGUUGUAUCACUAAUAAUAUUUUUGAACAAUUUUAACAAUAAAAAUGCUAUAUAUAUUUUAAUAAUAAGCUCUUUAAGUUUAAAAUGA